AUGGCUGCUGCACCUUGGCCCUCUCUAACAAAGGCAUGGCACGACGACACAUAUCCAGCAAUUGACCCAGCCCGCCCAGAGCUCAGCUUGGCAGGCAAGACAGCGGUUAUCACUGGCGGCGGUAGUGGCAUCGGUGGAGCUAUUUCCCAAUCAUUCGCCAAAGCAGGCAUUUCUCAUCUUGCGUUAAUCGGGCGAAGACUUCAAGUUUUGGAAGAGAAAAAAGCCCAGAUUGCCAUCAUUAAUCCCAAAAUUGAGGUUCUGCUGCUUCAGGCAGACAUUGUCAACGGAGAGCAAAUCCAAAAAGCAUUUGAAACUGUCCAAUCUACUUUUGGAGAGCCUCAUAUUCUCGUCAAUAAUGCUGCCUACUUUGAAGGAACCGUGUCUGUGCUACAGGAUAGCGUUGAUACUUGGUAUCAAGCCUUCAACAUCAACGUCAAAGGCAGCCUUCAUGUCGCCAGAUCUUUCUUGUCGGUCGCUGCACCGUCGCCUAGGAUCCUAAACAUUUCUAGCGGACAGGCUCAUCUAGACGCAAAACUCUUUCCGGGGAUGUCGGCAUAUCUAUCAUCUAAAAUGGCACAGCUCCGUAUGUUUGAGUCUAUACAGGUCGAGCGACCCGAUGUGGUGAUUGUGAGCUGCCAUCCAGGGCGCGUGAUGAGCGAAAUGUCAGCAAAAAUUGGCAGGAAGAAGGGCAUUGAUACACUUGACCUUUCGGGCGAUUUCGGUGUUUGGGCAGUCAGCGACGAGGCUACAUUUCUAAAGGGCAGAAUGGUGUGGGCCAAUUGGGACAUAAAUGAACUCAAGGAGAAAAAGGAUGAGAUUAUAAACAAUAACUUACUAACCGUCUCUCUCGGCGGUUGGCCAUUCAAAGAGUAG